AUGCUCAGAUCCUUCUCGAAACAGCUUUCAAGACGUGCCGUGGUGAAUAGCGGCGCCAAGGCCAGACUGGCGUGCUUCAAGCCUGUGACCUCGCUGCGGUUCUUUGGCCAGGACACCUUUCUGCAGGGCGACAAUGCGUCGUACGUCGACGAGAUGUACGAGGCGUGGCUGCAGGACCCGAAGUCUGUCCACAUCUCGUGGGACGCAUACUUCAAGAACCUGAACGGCAAGAGACCGGCCAGCAUGGCCUACCAGGCUCCUCCAACCAUCAUGCCUAGCCCUGUUGGGUCGCUCUCGAUGGUGCCGGACUCCGACACGCACGUUGCCGGCGAGGACGUGAUGACCCACUUGAAGACCCAGCUCUUGGUGAGGGCAUACGAGGUCAGAGGCCACUUGAAGGCCAAGCUCGACCCCUUGCACGUCUCCUUCGGAGACGCCAAGAAGCCUGCUCCAAAGGAGUUGACCUUGGAGUACUACGGCUUGACCGACGCCGACCUGGAGAAGGAAAUCUCCUUGGGCCCGGGCAUCUUGCCAAAGUUCAAGGAGAGCGGCAUCAACUCCUUGAAGUUGAAGGAGGUCAUCCAGUACUGCGAAAACAUCUACUGCUCCACCUACGGUAUCGAGUACAUCCACAUCCCUUCCAGAGAGAAGUGCGACUGGUUGAGAGAGAGAAUCGAAAUCCCAACUCCUUACAAGUUCUCUGCCGACCAAAAGAGACAGAUUUUGGACAGACUCAUGUGGGCCUGUGAGUUCGAGAACUUUCUCUCCACCAAGUAUCCUAACGACAAGAGAUUCGGUCUGGAAGGUGCCGAGUCCGUCGUCCCGGGUAUGAAGGCGCUGAUCGACACUGCCGUCGAAUUCGGUGUCGAGGAUAUCGUCAUCGGUAUGCCCCACAGAGGUAGAUUGAACAUGUUGACCAACGUUGUCAGAAAGCCAGCAGAGGCCAUCUUCAACGAAUUCGCCGGUGUCUCCAUCCAUGAGGGCCAAGGCGAAGGUUCCGGUGAUGUCAAAUACCACUUGGGUAUGAACUACGUUAGACCAACCACCUCCGGUAAAACCGUCAACUUAUCCUUAGUGGCCAACCCUUCGCAUUUGGAAGCUGAAGACGGUGUCGUCAUGGGUAGAGUUAGAGCCAUCCAACACUCCAAGAACGACGUUGGCGAAUUCAACAAGGCCUUGGGUGUCUUGUUCCACGGUGACUCCGCUGUCGCUGCCCAAGGUGUCGUCUACGAAUCCUUGUCUCUGACCCACGUCCCAGCAUUCGCCACUGGUGGUACCAUCCACGUCAUUGUCAACAACCAGAUCGGUUUCACCACCGACCCUGCCCACGCCAGAUCCACCACCUAUCCUUCCGAUUUCGCCAAGACUAUCAACGCUCCUGUCUUCCACGUUAACGCCGACGAUAUCGAAUCCGUCGUCUACUUGUUCAACUUGGCUGCUGAAUGGAGAAACACCUUCAAGACUGACGUUGUCUUAGACGUUGUUGGUUACAGAAAGUACGGUCAUAACGAAACUGACCAACCUUCCUUCACCCAACCAAUCAUGUACGAAGAAAUCGCCAAGAAGAAGCAAGUCAUUGACAUGUAUGUUGAAAAGUUACAAAACGAAGGUACCUUCACCGCCGAUGAUAUCGAAGAACACAAGAAGUGGGUUUGGGACCAUUUCGAAGAAUCCUUCAACAAGGCAAAGGACUACAAGCCAGAAUCAAGAGAAUGGUUGACCGCUCCAUGGGAAGACUUCAAAUCUCCAAAGGAAUUGGCCACCGAAGUCUUGCCUGCUAACCCAACCGGUGUCUCCGAAGAAGUUUUCAACAAGGUCGGUACUGCCGUCGGUUCUUAUCCAAGUGACUUCAACGUUCACAGAAACUUGAAGAGAAUCUUGAAGAACAGAUUAAAGUCCAUCGAAUCCGGCGAAGGUAUUGACUGGUCUACCGGUGAAGCCUUGGCUUUCGGUUCCUUGUUACUGGAAGGUUACCAUGUUAGAGUUACCGGUCAAGAUGUCGAAAGAGGUACUUUCUCCCAAAGACAUGCUGUGUUGCACGACCAAAAGGACGACUCUCACUGGGUUCCAUUGAAGAACUUGAGUGAUUCUCAAGCCGACUUUGUCAUUGCAAACUCUCCAUUGUCUGAAUACGGUGUCAUGUCUUACGAAUACGGUUACUCCUUGACCUCUCCAGACGCCUUUGUCCAAUGGGAAGCUCAAUUCGGUGAUUUCGCCAACACUGCACAAGUCAUUGUCGAUCAAUUCAUCUCCUCUGCAGAAUCUAAGUGGAAGCAAAGAUCCGGUAUCGUUUUAUCUUUACCUCAUGGUUACGACGGUCAAGGUCCAGAACAUUCUUCUGCAAGAAUUGAAAGAUACUUGCAAAUGUGUAACGAAGACUCUAGAGGUUUCCCAUCUCCAGAAAAAUUGGAAAGACAAUUCCAAGACUGUAACAUGCAAGUUGCUUACCCAUCUACUCCUUCAUCUAUCUUCCACUUGCUGAGAAGACAAAUGCAUCGUCAAUACAGAAAGCCAUUAAUCUUAUUCUUCUCUAAGUCCUUGUUAAGACAUCCAUUAGCAAGAUCUCCAAAGGAAGAAUUCUUAGGUGACUCUGUUUUCAGACCAGUUCUUGAUGACAUUGAAUUAGGUAAGUCCAUCAACGAUAAAGAAGGUAUUAAGAAGUUAGUCUUAUGUUCUGGUCAAGUCUACACUACCUUACACAAGAGAAGAGCUGACUUGAACAACAAGGAAACUGCGUUCGUUAAGAUCGAAGAAUUCCAUCCAUUCCCUUACGCUGAAUUGAAGGAAGUCUUGGAAUCUUAUCCAAACAUUGAAGACUUUGUUUGGUGCCAAGAAGAGCCAAUGAACUUUGGUCCAUACUCUUUCGUUCUUCCAAGAAUCCUUGAAACUCAAAGAGAAGUAGGUCUACAAGUUCCACUAAGAUACGCUGGUAGAAACCCAUCUGCUUCCAUUGCUGCUGGUAACAAGCACUUGCACCAUGAAGAAGAAGAAGCCUUCUUAGAUGAAGUUUUUGGUGCCUCCGCUUAG